AUGCCCGUUACCCUGAAACUCCACGGUCAUCGGAACAACCCCAUAAAGCUCACCAUGAGCUCGUUAAAACGCAAAGACGCUCCCGGCAGCAAGCCGGCAGCGAAACCGCCCGCAGGUGAACCACCAUCUAAACGCCCUCGAUCCGAUUCAGCAUCGAAGUCCAAGGACAAGGCCGACAAGCCCGCCAGCGCGCCGGCAGCACCUGUUAUUUCAAAGCUAAAGGAGGACGAGCCACUAUUUCCUCGAGGAGGCGGAAGUGUCCUCACACCCCUGGAGCAUAAGCAAAUCAAGGUGCAGGCUAGCAAGGACGUCUUAUUCGAGCAAGAAUCUGGGAAGAGCAAGGGCAAAGAAGAUCGCGCCCCCAAAAAGCUCAAGGGGAAGAAGUCCAAGACGCAAUUGAAGGAGCUCACCAAAAAUCCAGACGCUGUCAAAAUAGAGAGCUUAAACUUCAAGAGACUCGUCAAGGGCUCCUUAGUUCUUGGGCAAAUUACUGCCAUCAGUGCUCUCGAGGUUGAAAUCUCCCUGCCUAACAAUGUGACUGGUCAUGUGAAAGCGACGUCUAUUUCCACACAGCUCACCAAGAAGCUGCAAGAUGCGAUGGACGUUGAGCAAGAAGACGACGACGACGACGACAGUGACAUCGACCUUGCAUCCAUCCUGUCAAUCGGGCAAUACGUUCGCACGUAUGUAGUCUCUACCAUGGAGGAGCCCAGUACGGCUGGUGCAAAGGGUAAGAGGAGAAUCGAGCUCUCACUACAGCCUGAGCUUGCAAACACGGGCCUCUCGAGCGCAGAUGUCGUCGAGAACUGCACCGUUGCGGGCUCCAUCUCAAGUGUCGAGGAUCACGGAUACGUGGUGGACCUUGGCAUCAAGAAUCUUACUGGCUUCUUGUCCAAAAAGGAGGUGGACAAGAGCAUACCGGCGGCACAACUUCAACCAGGCUGUGUGCAUCUCCUCUUGGUCACGAGCGUCAAGGGCAAGAUUGCCCAGGUAUCAACGCUGACCAAGAAGCUGGGUAACGUGCAGCUCUUCCCUGGCACAGCGAAAACUAUCAACACUUUCCUCCCCGGUACUGCCGUGGAUGUAUUGGUCUCGGAUUUGUCCGGUAGAGGACUUGCGGGCAAGGUUAUGGGCUCGCUGGAUGUUACUGCCGACAUUAUUCACUCCGGCCUUGGCCCCAACGGAGUCAACUUGGAGAAAAAGUACAAGAUUGGCUCGAAAGUCAAGGCCAGGGUUAUUUGCAAUUUCCCCACGUCAGAUAAUCUCAAGCUUGGGAUAAGUCUACUCAGCCAUUUGACAUCUCUCCAACCGAAAAACGCCAAAUUGGACGAAAAGGAGGUGUCUCCCUUGACUGCUCUGCCUCACUCUUCCAUAGUGGAACAGUGUACCGUCACUAAGGUCGAACCAGACAUUGGUCUCUUUGUCGACACCGGCGUAGAGGGCGUUCCUGGUUUUGUCCACAUCUCCAGGGUCAAGGAUGGCAAAGUGGAUGCUUUGUACGAGGCCAGCGGACCGUACAAGACCGGAUCUGUACACCGAGGCAGGAUUGUGGGCUAUAACUCGAUGGAUGGCAUGUAUCAUGUGUCCUUUGAGAAGAGCAUACUCGAGCGUCAAUAUCUGCGCAUCGAGGAUGUGCCCAUCGCCGAGGUGGUCAAUGUGACGAUUGAGAAGCUGGUAGUCAAGGAGGAUGGUCUGAGCGGUGUCAUCGUCAAGUUGGCUGAUGGCAUCACUGGUUUCGUUCCUGAAAUGCACCUUGCCGAUGUUCGUCUUCAGCACCCAGAGAAGAAGUUCAGAGAAGGUCUCAAGGUCAAAGCUCGCGUUCUUUCGGUUGAUCCGGCCAAGAAUCAGCUGCGUUUGACGUUUAAGAAGACUUUGGUGAACUCCGAAGCAGCACCCAUCAAGGAUUUUAGCGAGGCCUCGGUCGGACAGCAAGUCCAGGGAACCAUCGUCAAGAUCAAGCCCAUUGGGGCAUUCGUACAAUUUUACGGGACGUUGAGGGGUUUCCUUCCCAUUGGAGAGAUGAGCGAGAGCUUCAUCCGGGAUCCGAAUGAACAUUUCCGGACCGGCCAGGUCGUCAACGUGCACGUUAUCAACGUUGACCCUGAAAGGCGCAGACUGGUGGUUUCUUGCAAGGACCCGGCUGCUUUUGGGGUUGAGAAGCAGAUGGCACUCCAGAAACUCAAGGUUGGCGAUCUCGUGUCUGGCAACGUUACCGAGAAAUCAGAGGACAAUGUGUUUCUCGAGCUCAAAGACAGCUUAUUAAAGGCUGUAUUGAGGGCGCAUCACCUUACGGACAAGUCACCUUCGAAGAACCAGUCUGCACUCAGCAAAAUACGUGUUGGACAGACCCUCGAGGAUAUGGUCAUCCUGGAAAAAGACGAAGGCCGACGGUCAAUUGUCUUGUCCCUCAAGCCAAGCCUUGUCAAGGCAAGCCAGAACGGUCAGUUUCUGGCCACUCUCACAGACGCCAAGGUUGGUAAACUGGUUCAGGGCUUUGUACGCAAUAUUACAUCUACGGCUGUCUUUGUUCAGUUUGGCGGCAAUUUGACGGCUCUGUUACCAAAGUCGAUGAUUUCCGCUCAAGCCCAGGCUCUGGAGGAUUUUGGACUGCGUCUACACCAAGCUAUCCAGGUCAAGGUACACUCGGUGGAGGACAAGCGUUUGGUGGUUUCCAUGCCAGAUGCUGAGGCACCCAAGGAAACCAAGCCACGACACGAGGCCAAACCAGUCUCAAACCCUGUUGAUGCAUCGAUUACUUCAACAGACGACAUCAGUGUCGGCACGGUGACCAAGGCGAGGAUCGCGUCUAUCAAGAAAACGCAGCUGAACGUCGCCCUGGCAGACAACGUACAGGGACGUGUCGAUAUUUCCGAAGUAUUCGACUCUUGGGACGAGAUUACCGACGCGAAAGACCCGCUGUCAAAAUUCACACAGAACCAGAUCAUCGACGUUCGCGUCAUUGGCGUACACGAUGCACGCAACUAUCGUUUCUUGCCCUUCUCGCACCGCACGGCAAACUCUGUAUUGGAGCUCACUGCCAAGCCUAGCAGUGUGCGGGCCAAGGGCCAAUACAAGCCGCUAGCCAUGGCCGAUGUCAAGGCCGGGUCGAGCUGGCUCACUUUUGUAAACAACAACGAGGAUAAGUGGCUGUGGGUGAACCUCUCUCCCACAGUCAGGGGUAGGAUUCGAUCCAGCGAGGUAUCAGACGAUAGCUCUCACGGGAAGGACUUGCGCCAGAACUUCCCCGUGGGCACUGCUCUCCGGGCUCGCGUACUGGCUGUCGAUGCCGACAAUGGCAAAUUGGACUUGUCAGCACGAUCAGAACGGCCCAACGAGCACAUGAAGUGGGAAGAGCUAGAGAAAGACACUGUCAUGCAUGCCAGGGUUACCAAAGUGAACGACCGCCAGGUGUUUUUCCAAAUCAGUGACAGCAUCGCCGCGCCUGUGCACAUUAUCGACUUGAACGAUGACUACGAUCACGCGAACCCCCUCAAAUACUCCAAGAAUGACAUCGUUCGAGUAUCAGUUGUGAGCAUAGACAAGAACAACAAAAAGCUCCGACUUUCGGCCCGCGAAUCACGCGUCCUGAGCUCGGAACUGCCCGUCAAGGACAAGGAGAUCACCAGCGUGUCCCAGAUCGAGCAAGGUACCAUCCUCCGGGGCUUUGUGAAGAACGUUUCGGACAAAGGUCUGUUCGUCACCUUGGGCGGCGAUGUCACAGCCUUGGUCAGGAUAUCCGAUCUCUCCGACGCCUUCCUCAAGGACUGGAAAGAGCAUUUCCAAGUCGACCAGCUCGUAAAGGGCCGUGUGACCUCUGUUGACAAGACUCUUGGUCAUGUUCAAAUGAGCCUCAAGGCCUCGGCUGUUGACGAGGAUUACAAGCCGCUGCCUGGUUACGGCGACUUGAAGGAGGGUCAGGUGGUCACCGGAAAAGUCCGUAAGGUUGCUGACUUUGGCGCCUUUAUUCUCAUCGACAAAUCAGCAAAUGUCAGCGGACUCUGUCACAGGACUGAGAUGGCCGACAAACCUGUCAAGGACGCAACCAAACUUUACAGAGAAGGCGACAGCGUCAAGGCAAUUAUUCUCAGUGUUGAUGCGGCCAAGAAGAAGGUCAGCUUUGGACUGAAGCCCUCGUACUUUGAGGAUGCCGACAGCGAUGACGACAUGGAAGACGAUGAAGAUAGCGACGAUUCCGGCGCGGCGCUUGGCUUUGACAGCGACGAUGAUGAUGACGAGGAUGAAGAUGAUGAUAUGGAAGAUGGCGACAGCGUUGUGCUUUUUACAGGUACAGGAGACGCAGAAUCUUCCGAUCAAGAAGAUGAGGAAGACGAUGAUGUCUCCAUGACAGACGCGCAGACUGGAGGUGCCGCUCUUCCGGGACUAGAUGCUGGAGGGUUCGAUUGGUCAGGUGGCAACCUUGAUGCUGACGACCAGGGCUCUGAUGGUUCCUCAGAGGAGCAGACGAGCAAGAAGACUAAGAAGCGGAGGAAGGCCGAAAUCGAGGUUGACCGCACUGGCGACCUGGAUGCCAACGGCCCCCAGACCGCCGGUGACUUUGAGAGAUUGUUGCUCGGACAGCCGAACUCGUCUGCGCUGUGGAUUGCAUAUAUGGCGUUCCACAUGCAGGUGAGUGAGCUUGCAAAGGCCCGCGAGGUAGCCGAGAGAGCCAUCAACACUAUCAACGUCCGCGAGGAGACGGAGAAGCUCAACGUCUGGAUCGCCUACCUCAACCUGGAGGUGGCCUACGGUACAGACGAAAGCCUGGACGAAGUCUUCAAGCGGGCAUGCCAGUACAAUGAUGACUUGGAAGUCCAUGAACGGUUGGCGAGUAUCUGCAUCCAGUCUGGCAAGCAUGAUAAAGCAGACGAACUAUUCCAAGCAAUGGUCAAGAAGUUCGGCAGCAAGUCACCCAAAGUCUGGCUCAACUACGCACACUUCCUCUACACGUCAGCCAAAUCUCCAGACCGAGGCCGUGCCCUCCUGCCCCGAGCCAUGAAGUCCCUGGGCAGCCACGCGCACCUGGAGCUGGCCAGCAAGUUCGCGGGACUCGAGUUCCGCUGCCCCGGCGGCGACCCGGAGCGCGGCCGCACCGUCUUUGAGGGUCUGCUGUCCACGUACCCCAAGAGGCUCGACCUGCGCGGCCAGCUCCUCGACCUUGAGGUGGCUGCCGGCAGCGACAAGGCCGUCGUGCGCGACGUGUUUGAGCGCGGCACCAAGGCAAAGGGCCUCAAGCCCAAGCAGGCCAAGAAGUGGUUCCAGCGCUGGGCCAAGUGGGAAGAAGCCAACGGGGACGCCAAGAGCCGAGAGAAGGUAUCGGCCAAGGCCCAGGAGUGGGCCAGGUCGGCCGAAGCCAGAAAGGCCGACAAGACGGCGCAGGAUAAAGAUGCUGCGGAGGAGUCGGAUUAGAUUUCGGGCGGAAACCUGGUAUAUAUCAGAUGCUCUCUUGGUAGCGGGGAGGAUUAGGAAGAGGAGGAGUGGGGGGGUAAAAAAAGGUUUCAUCUGUUAAUAUAAUUUCAUCAUGGCUUGGCGUACAAAAUAUAAAAAUGACAAAAAAGGAUCAACAUCGAGAUUUCCAAAAACAAAACCGAAUACAUGUCGCACAGUACACGGAACGAACCACUACCAAGAUUGUUGAACUUUGGGUCUUUACUUGAUUAACCAGUGAUCAAAAAGAGAGUGGGGAACUCGAGAAGAGAAAAAAAAAAGAAAAAAAA